AUGUUAGCUAUAGGCAGUGUGUUGGGUGUGCUAUUUUCACUGGCGCAAGUCGAUACGGCCAAUAUAUUGUGCUUGAUGGGAGUGGCCAGCCCAAGUCAUCACAUAUGGAACCGAUCCAUAAUGGACGCGCUGGCCCGUGCGGGACACAACUUGACCAUCCUGUCGGCAGAUGUCGAACGGAACCAACCGAGCAAUGUGCACUACGUCCAGUUAGAAGAAAUAUACCCCGCGCUGUACAGUGGUCCUGAGUCACUCGAUCUGCUCGAGAUGGCAAACGAAAACCCGUUCAAAAGUAUCGUUUCAUUCUAUCGAGACUUCGUGGUGCUCGAAUGUGCUGGAACUCUUAAGUCGAAAGGACUACGCACCGUGAUGAACUACCCGGACGAUUUCAAGUUCGAUCUGAUCCUGCACGACUUCACUUGUGGACCAUGUCUACUCGGUUUGCUACAUAAAUUUCACUAUCCGCCGCUGGUCAGUGUGACAGCGUUCAACAACCCGCCCUACUCGACGGAUGCGAUCGGUGGGCACAAGUACUACUCCUACGUACCGUUCUACUCGCUCAGUUACGACUCGGACAUGAGCUUCUUCCAGCGCGUCCAUAACACGCUUCUGAGUUUGGCGGAUUAUUGCUAUCGGACCUACGUAUCGCAUCCGCGAAUCGAUCAGAUGAUGCGUGACUACUUCCCGUACCCGGACCUACCAUACGCGGCCAAGCUUCACCAGCACUCCAAGCUGCUU